AUGGGCGAUGCCCGCCCAUUUGAUGGCAGACCACUGUUAGAGCUGCAGAUUGGGCAGGGCAACCUGGAGGUGGUACCCUCCUUCUGCUACCUUGGUGAUACUCUCUCGGCGGGUGGUGGCUGUCAAUUAGCCACUAUCAUUAGAGCAAAGACCGCCUGGGGGAAGUUUCGGAAGCUGCUUCCUGUCCUGACAUCUCGACAUCUGUCCCUCAGGACUCGUGGUCAUGUGUAUGGCACCUGUGUCCGUAGCGCCAUGCUGCACGGGAGCAAGACAUGGGCAGUGAAAUCUGUUGACUUGCAACGCCUCCGGGGUAAUGACAGGGCAAUGAUCAGAUGGAUCUGCAAUGUCACAAUCGGGGAUUUGGCCCCUUCAAACGAGCUGCUGGGCAGACUGGGUAUCUUGGACCUUGAUGUCGUAUUACGUGAGAGAAGACUCCGCUGGUAUGGCCAUGUUCAGUGCUCCACCGGUGCCAUCAAGAUAGUGGGUGAAGUUCGAGUUGUUGGUGUAAGGAGACGUGGGAGGCCGAAGAUGUCUUGGAAGGAGGUUGUGACGAAGGAUAGGGAACAGUGGAAUCUCUCUGCUGUAGACCCCUUGGAUCGUGUCACAUGGAGAGCAAGCGUGAGAGCUGCCCAAACUGGACCGAGCCAGAUUCCUGGAGUGGGUUUCUACUGA